AUGGAAAUUCCCGAACAUCGCAAGUGGAUGGUUAAUAGGAUGGGUCCUGAUCAAAGAAGAGUAACAGAUGAGUAUAUGGCUGGGGUUUUCGAGGUCGCGCAAUUUGCUUGGGCACAAGAAAAAUUCAAAAAAGAAGGAAAGUUGAGAUGCCCGUGUAAAAUAUGUAAGUGUAAGAAACAUCAGUUAGUUGGCGAUGUCAUGGGACACCUUUGUAUGAAGGGAUUUAUGGAUGGUUACUAUUAUUGGACUAACCAUGGUGAAAAAAGGCCUCCAAUUCCGCCAGUGGUUUCAAACAACUAUUACAAAUGUAGUGGGGUUCGGGAAGACUUCAAUGACUUUGAGCAAAUGGUAAUGGAUGUAGCUGGACCGUCUCUUGGUACAUAUAUUGAGCAACAAACAGAUGACUGUGGAGACCAAAUUAGGGAAGAUCCUAACCCAGAAGCCAAAAUAUUUUUUGAUAUGUUGAAAGCUGCGCAAGCUCCCUUGUAUAAUGGUUGUGAAAAUUAUUCUGAACUUUCUGCUGCAAUACAAGCUUUAAGUAUCAAGUCAGACUUCAAUAUCUCUGAGACUUGCUUUAAUCAAUGGAUGGAUUUUAUGGGAAAGGCGUUGCCAAAUGACAAUCGAAUGCCUGAAAACUUCUAUCGUGCAAAGAAAUCAGUGGAAAAGCUUGGAUUGGGUUGCAUAAAGAUUCAUUGUUGCCCUAAUGGAUGUAUGAUAUAUUACUUUCCUGAUGAUAAAAAUCUUCGUAGUUGUAAAAUUUGUGGUGAAGAUCGUUACAAAAGCGUCAUUAGAAAUGGUAAGGCUAGAGAAGUUCCUUUAAAAAAGAUGUGGUAUUUCCCUCUUAUCCCAAGGCUUCAAAGACUUUAUUCGUCAAUGCAAACUGCAAGCCAAAUGAGGUGGCAUCGUGAGAAUAUAAGAGAUCCAGGCUAUUUAUCGCAUCCAUCUGAUGGAGAGGCAUGGAAGCAUUUUGAUGAAAGAUAUCCCGAAUUUUCAAUGGACCCUCGAAAUGUGAGGCUAGGAUUGUGUGCUGAUGGAUUUGCACCAUUUGAUCAAACAGGUAGGACAUAUUCAUGUUGGCCAAUAAUUCUUACUCCUUACAAUCUUCCACCUUGGAUGUGCAUGAGAAGAGAGUUCUUAUUCUUAACCAUUAUAAUUCCUGGCCCUUCCAAUCCAAAAGGGAAGAUUGAUGUGUACAUGCAGCCACUUAUAGAUGACCUUAAACUUUUAUGGAAUUCUGGUGUGAUGACUUAUGAUGUCUCACUACAGCAGAAUUUUAUCAUGAAGGCUUGUUUAUUAUGGACAAUUAUUGACUUCCCUGCAUAUGGGAUGUUGUCUGGCUGGAUGACAAUGGGAAAACUAGCUUGUCCAAUAUGCAUGGAGAAUACAAAAGCAUUCACCCUUCAACAUAGUCGAAAAACUACAUUUUUUGACUGUCAUCGACAAUUCUUGCCCUUUGAUCAUUGCUACAGAAGGAAUAAGAAUUCUUUUAGAAAGAGGAAAGAUGAGACAACGUUGCCCCCACAAAGGUUGACAAAUGAAGAAAUAUGGGAAAAAGUCAAGCAUUUACCAAGCAUAAUUGGACCUCCAUAUGAUAAUUUGUCGGGGUAUGGAGUUUUUCACAACUGGACCAAAAAAUCCAUCUUUUGGGAGUUACCGUAUUGGAAAACAAAUCUUCUCCCACAUAAUCUAGAUGUCAUGCAUAUUGAGAGAAAUGUGUUUCUCAAUAUAUUGUAUACAAUAAUGGACACCAAGGGCAAAACGAAGGACACUUUUAAUGCUAGACUUCACUUGGCAGAUAUUUGUAGAAGGAAAGAUUUAGAGCUACAAGAUGGUGGAGGGGGAAAGCUAAAAAAGCCGAAAGCAAAUUACACAUUAACAAAACAACAAAGAUUAUUUGUGUGUGAGUGGAUAAAAAAACUGAAGUUACCAGAUGGGUAUGCCUCUACCUUGUCUAGAUGUGUUGAUAUGCGAGAAGCAAAGUUAUUUGGAAUGAAAAGUCAUGAUUGCCAUGUGUUCUUGCAACACUUUCUCCCAAUUGCAUUCAAAGCUCUACCAAAACCUAUUUGGAACACACUUACAGAGUUUAGUCAAUUCUUUCGAGAGCUUACUUCACCUUUACUAAAAGAGGAUAAUAUACGUGUAAUGGAGCAAAAUAUUCCAAUCAUUUUGUGUAAGCUUGAACAAAUAUUUCCCCCUAGUUUCUUUGACUCUAUGGAGCAUCUUCCAAUUCAUUUGCCGUUUGAAGCUAGGGUUGGCGGUCCUGUGCAAUACCGGUGGAUGUAUCCUUUUGAAAGGUUUAUUCGUACCUUAAAAGACAAAGUCACCAACACAGCUGCUGUUGAGGGCUCUAUUUGUGAAGCAUACUUAGUGGAGGAGACCUCUACAUUUGCAUCAUACUAUUAUCCACCUGAUGUUCCAUGUAGGAGGACAAGAGUUCCACGAAAUGAUGAUGGAGGUGAAGGUUGUUUUGCUGCACAACCCCUAUCUAUAUUUAAUUAUCCCGGACGUCCUUCUAGAAAAUGCACCUCGUGUUUCUUAGAAGAAAGAGAAAUGAAAGCUGCACAAUUAUAUGUUCUUCUUAACUGUCCAGAAGUUGAGCCAUUUUUGUCAUAA